AUGAACGCGUACGACUCCAUCGAACGCGGCGCUGCCGACGAGUGCGAACCUUUAACAGGACGACGACCACGGACGUUUACUCUCACGCAACUGCUCGUCGCGUGCGGCGCCGUGUGCGUCUGUGCGAUCGGGGCGACGAUGUUCGUGAACACUCACGCUCAACUGGCCGACGCUGGUUAUGGUGGCGACUCGAUCCAAUCCUCUGGUUGUCCAAUUCAAGACUGGGUUGAUGAUUCUUUGUGCGCGGCGAGUCCGCCCGGCCUAUCCGAGUCUAAAAGCCGAGGUCGCGCGCUGCUUGGCUCGCGAAACACAUCAAGUGAAACAUCAAUUGACACAUCAAGUGACACAUCAAGUGAAACAUCAAUUGACAACACAUCAAGUGACACAUCAAGUGACACAUCAUCAGACACAUCAAGUUCCAAUCAAGUGUCCAUUCCGUCGUGCGCAAAAAUACCGCCGCGUCCGAAAUCAAGUGAUUCGGUAAGCUGCAACGGCCACGGUUGGUGUCAUGAAGGCACAACGGCAAGUGGCAACAAGCCACACUGCGAUUGCAACGCUGGUUAUGGUGGAUCUCAUUGCGAAACGAAGAUUCUGAACCUGGAAGACCUCAGUAUCAAAGUCGCCGACAUCGAGGAGGAGAUGGAGAAAAUGGCUGAAUCCGCAGUCGAGACCAUCAAACUCGAGGAGCAACCGCUGCUGCACGAGCACGGGCACGAGCAUGGGGAAUGA